AACCCCAUUGGUGAAUCACGAAAAAGCUACGUAUCUAUAGUAGUACGUUGUAUACGAGCCUAAGGUUUAACGAUCAAGGAAAUUACAUAACCUAAAAAAAACCAUCAUUGUCCCCAAUAUAUCUCAUGCAACUCCCGUAGAAAGAUACGGCAGUAAAGAGGACGUAUGGAAAUCUUCAAAAUCAAAGGAUCGUGUAUUAAAAAGAGAACUCGUAUCGUCUACAUAACUUAAAAGCAGAAGUCGAUAGAAUUCCGAGGAGAGAAUAAUCAGGGGAAGAGGCGACAUCGCUAGUCGCUCCAGUGGAAGCGGAUCGCACGAUAAUCGCGAUUCGCUGAGCGGCGUGCGCGUAGAUCGAUCAGUGUCGUCGGUGUCUCUCGCGACGUUCCUUGUCGUGUUGCGUCUUGAGUUGCGCGUGGAAAAAAAAGAAUUGAAACGCCAAUUGAAUUCUGAGGUCUCAUUGUCGUCGAAGUAGAGGAGGACGGCGUUGGUGCGGAUGCUAGGAAGUAGUGCAGGAUACGCCAGGAGCAAUAUAUGGAUUGUGAGAUAAUACCUUGAGGUAGUGAGUGAGGCGUGAGUGGCAGAGAGUUGCGACAGUGGAGCCGGGAGGGAAACGUUACUCGGGUAGAAAAUGCCGGUGGUCGAUGUAUCAGGAAGAAAGUGUUGAUAGAUGGGACAUGUUUAACGGCUACAGGGUGAACAUUGAGCACCGGUGCGAUGUAGAUUACGUCUGUGACGGUCCGGUUAUUCCAUGGUGAACGGAUGAAGCAACGAUUCGCACGGUCGCGUGGGCCUUGCUACGAGAUGCCGCCAACGGGCUCGAGAGGAAUGGCGCGCAAAUGUUGCGUGCCAAAUUGCCAGAUCGACGUGCGAACUGUCCGCGGUAGGGGUAUACCAUUUCACAAGUUUCCGAAGGACACUAUCCUUAGGAGCAAGUGGAUUGCUUCUGGUGGUUUCGAACAAAACUUUAAACCCACGCCCGGACAAUUUGUCUGCCAUAGGCAUUUCAAAAAGGCCGACUACGAGACCGCCAAAGGACAGAAGUUCGUAUUGAGGAAAGGAGCGGUCCCGUCGGUUUUUGACGAUUACGAUAAUCAUCCAGAUCCUAUGACAAUGCCUGUAAAGUCUUCUUCUUAUGCUCAGGAAGAUUUGGAUCUUAUUAAUUCUGAGAUAUCUAAUUUGGAUCAUAUUGACUCUACAACUUUGAUGGAUGCAUAUACACCCAAGUCUGAUAGCUGCAGUGAGGCUUACAAUUCCAGACCAGCUUCUGCGGCUGAUACAUUUAAUCUGUUUGAAUCAUCGGAGGUGAAUGAUGGUGAACAAAAAGUAGAGAAGGCAGAGCUUCCUCUUAAGGACAUUAAGGACAAUGUUGUUGCAACUGAGAGUAAAUUUAAUCCUGCUACGAGGCAGCUGGGAGUCACUGAACUUGAAGAUAAGGCAGAAAGUGCAGGGAUCGAUUUGAAAAUCAUCAAAGAAGAGCCAGAGCAAGUUGCUACAACUGAAGAUAAAAAAAGUGUUGAGAAUGGAGAUUCUAAAGUGAAAGUGAUGAGUCGUGGUGGCUUGAAAUUUUUUCCUGGUGCUAAGUUAGAGGCUAAAGACUUCAAUGAGAAAUGGUAUUCUGCAAGAGUAGUGGAAACAGACUGGGUUGAGCGGGAAGUGUUGAUACAUUUCGACAAGUGGAGUUCUAGGUUUGAUGAGUGGAUACCUAUGGACAGUUCCAGAUUACGAGUACUUCAAAUACAGCCAAGCGAGCCUACUUGGACGCUGCCAUCUCCGGAAACGAAGAUGCGUGAAUUUGUCGUCGGUGAGAAGAUCCUGGCUACGUGGGCGGAUGGCAGAAAGUAUCCGGCCAGAGUGAACGCUGUGUUGGGGAACGAGGUAAUUUCAGAUAGAUACGACGUUCUGUUCGACGAUGGAUACACGAAGAUCGUCAGGUCCUCGAAGAUGACUAAAAUCGCUACCACGUCCGAGAAGAAGUCGGUUGAGGGGGAUUAUAUAGGGAGUAAGCAAGAGAGAAGAGACAAGAAGCGGAAGCAUACUGUGAUGGAGCUGUUUCAUACGCAUAGCAAGAAACGUCAGAAAGUUGAGGUAGAGCGUCCGAUAAAGAAGGAAGAGAGUGUGCUCAGUGAGGACGAUGGAAAGCUUGAUCUGGGCGAUUCGGUUCUUGGUACUUCGUAUGACUCAGGAUCAGAGGUUUUGCGUGGCUUUGAGAAUACCAAACCUAAGAUGAAGACGUUCACUAAGAAGAAGAGGAAGGAAUUCAUGAGGAACGAAACUGACAAUGAAGAAGAUGUUGGUCCUGAAUGGAUCGAUGGUGAACCACAAGGCCUUGAGUCUUACAUCGUAGAUGGCAAUGAUGGUCCUCGUCGUUCCAUCAUCGUUCCCGAUAAGAGGUUACCACCAGGAUGGCAGAAGCAUUUUACACAAAGGCGUACAGGCUCCUCAGCUGGCAAAUGGGAUGUUCUCUUCAUACAUAAAACAAGUGGCAAAAAGUUCCGGUCGCGAAACGAUAUCAGAGCCUUCAUGGAGCAGCAAGGUCAGUUCGACUUUGACCCAGAGAAAUUUGAUUUUUGCAUUCACCGUAAGAAAACCAGCAAGUUUAAUGUGAUGAGACUCAAGCCAGAGACACCUCCGGAUGUUCCUAGGAAAAUAAAAACUCUUCUGCCUAAAGCAAAGACUUCUACGCCAGAAAAUACAUCUUUUUUGUCAUUGACCUCAGUGACCCUUCCGUCAGCUACACCAUUGACCCCGGUCGACAGCGGCGGAACAGUUUAUUCCGUCUUCAUAGGUGGGCUUCGCGUGGAAAUGGAAGAUAGCGCAUACAAGUGUCCUAAGGAAGGAUGCAACAAGAACUUCCGCAAAGAGAAUCUCCUGCAGAUGCACAUAAAGCAUUAUCACCCAGAGUAUUCCAAGUUCCUGGGCUCAACACCAAAUGUCGCUGACCUGGCCUACGCCAGGACUAUAGGAGAGUCCAUCGAGGAUAUCAUACCCAAGAAACCAAACAAUUUCCUGGAGAAGAUCAACAAAUUCGAGAAGAAGAAGGCAGGCCAUGAAAAACCUUUGACUCCGGUCGUAGAGUGUGAAACUCCUCGACCAGACAAGCCUACUACCGUUGUUAAGGAGGAGACGAAAUUAGAAAUCUCGUCGCCUACCUCCACCCAGAGUAUCGACAUGGAUGAAGACAGCAAGAAACGUGAAAGUAAUUGCGCCAUGUCGCCAGGUACUCUCUUCGACAUGAAAGUCAGGGAAGAGAAGGCUCAAGUGGGAAUUAAAACUCUACUUCCUGUGAGGCCAGCAUCCACUGCGGAACCUUUGAAACUUGACAGAUCCAAAUCUUUGGACGAGUCGACUCAUUCUGACAAGGGGAAGGUACAAAAGAAACGACAGUUGUCCGAGUACAGUACUGAAUUCCCUGGGAAAUCUAAGAAGAAGCAAGGCAUGCAGGAGCUUAUGGAUGAUUAUGGGGAUUUAGAUGACAGUGCUUUGGAUGUUGAAGAACCUGCUACUCCAAUGUACAGAUUCAGUCGCAGAAAAUCAGAUCCAAAAAGCGACGAGAACAGCCAGAGCAGUCAGCUAAACGAUACUCGCCAUGAGAAAGGCGAUACCCCUAAGGGGGACGCUGCCAAAAGAGAUAAUAUUAAUGAUGUCGAAGAAGGCGAGGGUGUCAUGAUGAUGAUCAACGGGGAGAUGGUGAAAGUUGAACAGCUACGUCGGGAGGAGAUAAUCAAUUGCACCUGUGGAUACAUGGAGGAAGACGGUCUUAUGAUACAGUGCGAUCUUUGUCUAUGCUGGCAACACGGGCACUGCAACGGCAUCGAGAGGGAAAAGGACGUGCCUGAGAAAUACGUCUGUUACAUAUGCAGGCAUCCUUACAGACAGCGGCCAUCUUUAAAAUAUUUUCAUGAUCAGGAUUGGAUCAAGGAAGGAAUACUACCAAGUUUACCGAAUCGUUCGAAAAAUCAAGCCGCCAUUAACCAGAGGACCGCUAUGUUGAAACGCUCGUACGAUUUGGUAGGAGCUCUUUUGCAGAUACAGCAAGUUCUCCACAGUCUGCGUGUCAAGAUCAACGUGGCACAGAAAAAGGAUCAUCCAAAAUUGUAUCUGUGGGCUAAGAACUGGGAGAAGAGCGAGAUACCAAAACCGGAUACGGAUCCGGUGCCUGUAAUGGAGAUCAUAAAGACACCGUUGGAUUCAAUGGACACAGCUUCGGAAACGUCACACUCUCUGGAACCCAAGGUAGAGUUUAAGGAGACCGUCAAGGAGGAUCCGGAUAAGAAGUCUAUUGCUUCGGAUACGGAGCUCAUGAAGAUCCUUGAAGAAGACAGUACACACUCGGACGAGUCUAAGGUCAUCAAGAAGGAAGAUACUCAGACGGAUGGACAUAUUCUAUUGGAUGCACUCACCAGGACAAGCAGUCCCGAGAAGAAGACGUCCGAGAAUCUCACUGAAAAUCCGGAUACUCCAAGCGUGGAUCUCCCGUCGACGUCUCAGAGUCCAAUGGCAGUUUCCACGCCGGGAACUGAAAAUCUUACACAGGAAACCAGUUCUCUCGCUCAACCUGAGACUGUUCCGCCUAUGCAACCUUUUAUUCCUGAACCGGAAGCUCCCAUAGAUCCAGCGGAAUGUCGAUUAAGAUUAUUGGAGCACAUUGAACACUUUCAGAAUCAUAUCGACUCUAGAUUAACCACCAUCGAGGCUCAAGUGUGCGCACUGGAAGCCAUGGAUCCGGAUGAUCCGACAUCCAGUGUGGAUGUUCUACCCAGGACCAAGCAAACUGUACAAAUGUUACUCAGGGACUUGAAUACUGUACGAAAAUUAGCUGCACUCUGCUGAGGGCUUAGCUCGUUUCUAGUUAAAAAAAAAUCUGUCUUAUGUAAAAUAAUCCUUUGACAUAGAGAUUUAUUAUUUAUUUAUUACGCCACCUUACUAGUUCUCUCUGUUUUCACAUGUAAAUAUGAACAGUACUGUGCUUUUGCUACCACAAGGAAGCCUUAACUUUACUCACUGGUUGAAUUAUGUAUUCAGUAUGCUGAUUAUAUUCUUUUGAACAUCCUAAUGCUAUUAUAUUACGACGCACUGUGUAUUCAGUACUUGUUAUUUGUUAUAAAAAAAAAAACAUUACAAUCAUAUUGCGCAUAUGUAAAAUAUAAUUAAUUAUAAACUA